UGAGGAUGAACAAAGUUGUUACCAUUAUUUUUGCUUUAGUUUGUCAACCAAUCCUUCAGAAAGCGUCAUAUGCAGGUGCUGCCUUGACCCAAACAUCAUCCAUUACAGAUGGCCAAGAACUCAUUUCUGCUAGACAAAUCUUUUCUCUUGGAUUCUUCACUCCAAGAAGAUCCAGCAGCCGCUACAUAGGGAUAUGGUACAAGAACGUCAAACCUCAAACCGUGGUUUGGGUGGCAAACAGAGAUAACCCACUUAAUGACAUAAGUGGAAAUUUAACCAUUGCUGCAGAUGGGAACAUUGUACUUUUUGAUGGAGCAGGUAAUAGAAUAUGGUCUACAAAUAUAUAUAGAUCAAUCGAAAGACCAAUUGCAAAGUUGUUGGAUUCAGGAAAUUUAGUGUUGAUGGAUGCAAAGCAUUGUGAUUCUGAUACAUACAUAUGGCAAAGCUUUGAUUACCCAACAGAUACAAUGUUACCUGGCAUGAAAUUGGGUUGGGAUAAGACCUCAGAUCUCAACAGAUGUUUGACUUCUUGGAAGACUGCUAAAGACCCCUCUCCUGGAAGCUUUACUUACAGCUUCCUCCAUAUCGAAUUUCCCGAGUUUUUAAUCCGCCAGGGAAUGGAUAUUACAUUCAGAAGUGGGAUUUGGGAUGGCACUCGUUUUAAUUCAGAUGAUUGGUUAUUCAAUGAAAUUACAGCCUUCAGGCCACACAUUUCAGUGUCUAGCAAUGAGGUAGUGUAUUGGGAUGAGCCUGGAGAUAGAUUGUCAAGGUUUGUGAUGAGGGGUGAUGGACUGCUUCAAAGAUAUAUAUGGGACAACAAAACUCUAAUGUGGAUUGAGAUGUAUGAGAUAAGAAAAGACUUUUGUGACAAUUAUGGAGUAUGUGGGGUGAACGGUGUUUGCAAUAUUGAGGAUGUGCCUGUUUACUGUGAUUGCUUGAAAGGCUUCAUACCAUGUUCACAGGAAGAAUGGGAUUCAUUUAACAGGUCUGGUGGGUGCAUCAGGAGAACACCAUUAAAUUGCACACAAGAUGACGGGUUUCAGAAGUUAAGCUGGGUAAAACUACCCAUGCCAUUGCAAUUUUGUACUAAUAAUAGCAUGAGUAUUGAAGAAUGUAGGGUGGAGUGCUUGAAGAACUGUUCAUGCACCGCAUAUGCAAAUUCGGCCAUGAAUGGAGGGCCACAUGGCUGCUUGCUUUGGUUUGGGGACUUGAUUGACAUUAGGCAGCUUAUAAAUGAAAAGGGUGAACAACUUGACCUUUAUGUAAGGUUAGCCGCUUCAGAAAUAGGUAUGCAUGGGUUCUGCUUUAACAUGGCAUGUAAUGUUUAACUUCAUAUUAUGUCUCUAUAUAUUAAUAUAGAACUUAGAAGUCUGUGCUGUGUUCCCUUUCAGGUCUCUUUCUGACCUUUUUUU